GACUGCAGGAAGAAGAAGGCAGACGACGCGGGGGGGCAGCAGGACACAGAGAACGCCCGCGGUCUCGGCGGAGUCUCAUGGCCAGGUGGCGAAGAUAGGCGGCCCAUCCUGAUUGACAGCGGCAGCGACGACCACCUGUGCAGGCGCAAGUUCGUUCCAGAGGCGCCCGUCAGCAGCGCGGGGAACGCGCCGAGGCUCUUUGACGUUCAGAAGAGGCCGCUACAGACGGCAGGACUGCGUGGAAUCCAGAUGGUCAUGCAGGAAGGCAUCGAGGCAACGGCGGACUUCCUCGUUGCCGACGUGAGCGACGACCUGCUGAGCAUGGGCAAGCUGCGCGAGCAGGGCUUCAAGUUCAAUCUCAGCUUGGAGGGCGGGCUCUGCAUGGCGAAGGGCCACUGCGGCGUGCAGCUGGAGCUGGAGCGGAACAGCUUCCGGCUCCCGAUCGCGUCCGCGGGGCCUGUCGAGGUUCGCCGCUGCUGUGGUGCAGCAGGGCAGGAGGCUACGGCGACGGCCCCAAUUCUCAACGCGGACAGCUCGGUCGGCGCGCCCAGGACUCGAUUGGGGGAGCUGCUCAUGCCCAUUUAUGUGACCGAGGCGAUGCAGCUGCCGGCGCCGAAGGCCCUGAGCGCUGGCGAGGAGAGGCAGCAUAGGUUCACGCAUCUACCAGCUGCGGCGUGGUGCGAGGAGCGUGUCAGGGGCAAGGCUCCCAGCGCCCCGCGCUCGCUGGUCGGGCUCGAGGGCGCGUACGCGACGUUUCUAUUAGGUUUCAGCUCGGACACUGAAGUGGUGAAGGUCAUCCCGUGCCCUUCGAAGGCGGCCCCACCAUGCGCGAUUGCAGGCAUCAGGUCCUUCGUGCAGCGGCUCGAAACUGGCGCGUGCAGGGUCUGGGCCGACGCGGAGCAGGCGACCGAGGCCAUCCUGGGCGGAGUGGUCAACGAGCGGGCGGGCACGGCCGCGGCAGAGCUGACCUCUAAGCACAGCGGCCAGUCGAACCCGGGGGAGGCAGCGGUGAAGAUAGUCGAGGGCCAGGCGCGAGUCCUCAAACUGGACCUCGAGAAACGCUACGGCACCAGGAUCACAGCGGCGAUGCCGAUCUGGGCCUGGAUGAUGCGACGCGAGAGGUGGUGCUUUAUCGGAUUGCGCGGCCAGCGCAUCGCGGGCUCGCGGGAUGGCGACGCUUGCUUGCACCGUGGAGGGGCGCAGUGGGGCCGCGGGAUCAGGGUCGGCAGGUCUGGCGAGUCCCAGGGGCACCUGCUGAUGGCCCCUCGGGGGAUUGAUUGCGCUCGGACUGUGCGACGGCUGCCUGGGGGCAGGCACGGGGGCAGGGAGCUCCUGCUGACGGUGGCUUGCCUACCCUGGGCCACGAGGACGGCUCUAGAGAGGUCGAGGCGACGACGGGCGCCGCGGCAGGUGGCGACGGAGCUCCCGAAGGCAGACGCGCAGCAGCAGCAGCAGCAGGCGCAGCCAGCGCAUUCUGAGGGCGGAGCGGCACCAGCUCAGCCUCAGGCGGAGCCGCAGGCACCUCCCGCGGCAGCAGCGGCCCCGCCGCAGCCGCAGCCCCCGCCAGUGCCGCUAGCGCCGGGUGACGUGACCAUGGGGGCACCCCCGCAGGCGGUGAGGCGCGAGGUGUCGACAGGGGCAGAGGUAUCAGAGGGCAAGCGUGUCCGAGUUGCGGCAGUCCACGCGCUCGACGUUGGCAAUGUGGGCGGCUCGCCCGACGUGUUCCGGGAGGAGGUCUCGGACGAGUCCGAGGACCUGACCGAGGGGAUGUUCGAUGUGGACAUGCAGGACGAGCUCGACAAGAAGCUCACGCUAGAGCACCUGCAGAGCCUCCUGGACCACGUCGUCGGGGGGGGGGGGGGGGGCAUUCCCAAGUCGGAGGCGAAUGGGAUAAAGCGCAUCACCACGCGCUGGGAGAAGCAGUGGGGAUGGGAGCCAGCGCAGCGGGAGUGGCAGCGCAAGGUUCGAUUCGUCUGCCGCGAGUUCCACUGGCAGGAGUGGCGCGGCGACUUGUUUGCGUCAGGGUCGGCUCCGAUCUCCAACGGGCUCGUCGACUUCGUGGCCCUCGAGCGCGGCUUCGACGUGAUGGCGCUGGGCGCGACGGGCGCCUUCUACCAGGCGCCCGAGUGCGAGGGCAUGGUGGUGGGCUCCCCGCAGGGAUACCUGGACGCGCUCGAGGUGGAGGGCAAGGACGCGGGCAUCUAUUGGAAUCUGGAGAAGCAGCUACCUGGCAGGCUCGAGGUGGCGCCGCAGUUCUUUUGCAAUCCCGGCAGCGAGGUGGUGGUGGAGCUGCGCAUGGGCGACCCGCGCAUGGCUGGGCCGCGGGAUGCGCUGGGGCGCUUCCGUGAGCUCAAGCUACAUGCGACCUUCAGCGGCGGUGAGAUUCACGAGUGCGGCGCUACCUACGAGCGACUGAAGAGGCUGAGGGCGAGGUUCGAGCACGGGGCGGAGCUGCAGGCGAACCCCAAGUACCCGGGCUACGUGGUGGACACCCGCGGCCUGGGCAGCUCGAACACCGCACCUGCGCCAGGGGUGCCGGCCCACAAGGCACUCAUGAGGAGUGCGCCCGCCCCGUCUCAGCAGCAGGCUGGGGUCUACUGCUCAUGCGUGGGGGCGCUGCUGUGCUGCGCCCAGGACAGGGCGGAUCGCCAGUGCGAGGUCAGCCUCCUCGGCGCGAUGCCGUCAGGCCCCGCCGUCGGUGCUGUCGCCGCUCUGAAGAGGCUUGUCUGGCACCUCCUAGGGGCCAGGGGCGCGGUGAACUGGCGUCCGAAGCCGACGGAGGGCACCAAUGUGGAGCUGGUUGAAUACGGCGACAGCGACGGGGCAGGCGGUCUGCACGCGAAGGGGUUGCGGUCGAGUGGCAGGAUUGAGACCGACGGAGUGCCGAUGCACUCCUUCAACAGACGCCAGGCGAUAGUGGCUACCAGCUCAGGCGUUGCAGAAUGCUACGCGGCGACGGCGGUCGCCGAGGACAUGCUGCACUUCGAGUCACUGCUGGUUCAGGGGCUUCGCAGUGACGCGAGGGUGCUAAGUCUGGGGGCGCGAGUGCUCUGGCUCCAGCGCGCGAUCAAGCGCGAGCUGACCGACGUCGGGGCCGUCGGCGCGGGCGACGACAAAGCAGACCUGGGCGCGAAUACUAUCGGGCGCGAUCGGUUCGUGAAGCUCAGGGCUCUGAGCGGCAUCUACGCGGACAUGGGCCAGGUCAUGGCGAGCGACGAGCAGUCGGAGGAGGUGUACUUCGAUGGGGGCGAUUGCUCGGGCGCGGCGCUCGCGGAGCGCGGCUG